AACACGCACUACAGCGGCCGCGGCCACGGCCACGACCGCGACCAGCGACCAGUGUCAGCGACCAACACGGCGGCUGGCCGCGCGGCCAGUAGUUCUCCUUGUCUGCUCUGGCCGCUGUGUCCCAGUUGCGUUAAUGGACGUCGAAGAGAUAGCCGUAACAGUGCAUGUGUACAGGCACUACAUUAAACGUAGAAGAAGGAGGUAUUGGAUACACCCUAUGCUGCAAUCAAGGCCUACAAGAGGACAGUUUUUUACAUUCUUUUAUGAGUUACGGCUAUAUGAAGAGAAAAUUUUCAACUAUACAAGAAUGUCUGUUGCUAGUUUUGAUCAGCUACUCAACAAGAUUGCAGAUAGUAUAAGGGGAACAGACACAUCAAUGCGGCCAUGCAUAGGAGUUGAAGAAAAACUACUGGUUACAUUAAGGUAUCUCGCCACUGGAAAUUCAUUUGUGGACUUGCACCAUUCCUAUCGACUUGGAGCUACUACCAUAAAAGAGAUUGUUGCAAGAGUUUGCUCAGCGUUAUGGAAUGUUCUCAAAAAUGAAUGCCUACCCGAACCUUCCAAAGAUGACUGGUUGAGAAUUGCUUCAGAAUUUGAAAACCGAGCAAACUUUCCAAAUUGUUUAGGCGCGGUUGAUGGAAAGCAUAUAAGGAUUGUGAAACCCCCAAAUAGUGCAUCAUUGUAUUUCAACUACAAACAUUACUUUUCCAUCGUCCUUAUGGCAGUGACAGAUGCUGACUAUAAAUUUGUUUUUAUAGAUGUUGGCUCUUAUGGAAAGUGUGGAGACUCUACAAUAUUCCAACAAUCUGCAUUACACCAAAGAAUACUUGCUGAUACCAUUGAUCUCCCAGAGGACAGAGCGAUUUCAAGUUCGUCGUCUACACCCAUCCCUUUUGUGUUUCUUGCCGACGACGCCUUCUCAUUGUCACACAGAGUGUUGUGCCCUUUCAUUGGAAAACAGCUCAAUGACACUAAAAGGACAUUUAAUUAUCGCCACUGUCGAGCCAGACGAUAUGUUGAGUGUACGUUUGGCAUACUAGCCAAUAAAUGGCGCAUAUUUCACAGGCCUUUGAAUGUGGAUGUUGAUUUGGCUAUAGACAUUGUUAAAGCGUGUUGUAUUUUGCACAAUUAUGUACGAAGUAGGGAUGGUUUACAGUUUGUGGGACACAUUGUACAAAUUCCCAACUGACAACGAUGACUCUGAAAGUACACAUCGCAAUCGUCAGUACAACUCAAACACAAGAAACAUCCUAGCUGAAUAUUUUGUCAAUGAAGGAGCAGUGCCGUGGCAAAAGAACUAUCUGUGAGAAGGACAGUCUCAUCGCAAAACUACUUCUAUGUCACUCAAGAGCAGUGGAAAUUAACUAAUAUUAUUACAUUUGAAUAGGCACAAUGUUAAGUUGUUUUAGUGAUGUGUAAUAAAUUAAAAAUUUACUUA